AUGAAGGACCGGCUAGUAGAACUUGUGGUAACCAAGCGGUAUGAACAGCAGUUCCCAGACAAGGACAAUGAAUUUGACUCGCCCCCUGAGGAUAUCAUGUUCAAGAUGCACUACAUCCUGGAAUCCUUGUACCGAGACAUCCAGGACCUUCAGGAUGAAAACCAGCAGCUGACUGCCGACGUGAAGCGGCUGGGAAAGCAGAACACCCGCUUCCUCAUGUCCAUGCGGCGCCUCAGCAGCGUCAAGCGCCCCAUCAACUCUAUUGCCAAGGACAUCAAGGCGCAGGGCGAGAGCAUCCACUGCAAGCUGAGCGCCAUGAAGGCGCUGAGCGAGGACGCCGAGUCGCAGCACGGCGUGCACUCGGCCGUGGCGCGCAUCGCGCACGCACAGUACAGCGCUCUCACCCGCCCCUUCCAGGCCGCCAUGCACGAGUACAACCAGGCCGAGAUGAAGCAGCGCGAAAACUUAAAGAUGCGCAUCCAGCGCCAGCUGGAGAUCAUGGGCAAGGACGUGUCGGGCGACCAGAUCGAGGACAUGUUCGAACAAGGCAAGUGGGACGUGUUCUCAGAGAACCUGCUGGCUGACGUGAAGGGCACGCGGGCGGCCCUCAACGAGAUCGAGAGCCGCCACCGCGAGAUGCUGCGGCUGGAGAGCCGCAUCCGCGACUUGCACGACCUCUUCCUGCAGAUGGCCAUGCUGGUGGAGCAGCAGGCUGACACCCUGGACGUCAUCGAGUUCAACGUGCAGAAGACCCUCGACUACACCGGCCAGGCCAAGGUGCAGGUGCGCAAGGCCGUGCAGUACAAGAAGAAGAACCCCUGUCGGACCGUCUGCUGCUUCUGCUGCCCCUGCCUCAACUAG